ACAAACCGGUCGCGUGCGCUGCGUCGACAGCGACGCUGUGAAUAUAUACAGAAAACUUGGAAUGCAAAAGACAACGAAAAAGUUGUGGACAACAGCAAUAACAACAACAACAACAACAAAAGCCGAAACAAAACGCAUUUAAAUUGGUAAAGACGGCAGAAAAUUUUCGCUGACCACACAGUAAACGCAAAAAGCGGCCAUAUGCUGCAUCGGCGGGGGUGACAGCGCGCUUACGUGUGUUUUUGUGUGUGUGUGUGCGUCUGAUGCAAAGGUGGUGAGCGUGCACGGGUCGCGUUACUGUAAAUUGCCGCCGCACCAUGGUGUGAGUGCUGUUCCAUUUUUGAUUGCUUUUUUUUAUAACGCACUGUCCUGAUUUUUGCGCAUCUGGGUUGACAAAGAAUUACAACAGCAAAGACCAUUUAUUUAUUUAAAUUAUGGGUUCAUUCUUGCCCAGAGGGGCAUAGACAUAGAAUACUGCAUGGAGCAGCGACAGACAGGGCAGAUUGUACAAAAGUCAAAUGCUUAGCAAGAAGAGGAAGGAGUCAACAAUUGGUCCAAACGACGCUUAGAUGCGUUAGAUUCAUGUCAAAUGUCGUCGUCGAAAAACGGCGGCUUAACUAGUGCCACAAAUGGCCGCAGUGGCAGCACUGGCAGCGCCAACAUUAAUCUCAAAAUCAAGUCAAUAGCAGGAACAGCAUUAGCAGUAUCAGUUUCAUCAUCAUCCGCAGCAACAACUGGAACAACAGCAGCAACGACAACGACGUCAAUUGGUCUUAAAUCAGCGGCAAUUGGUACAGUUGGCAAUGCCGCACACAAAACACUGCCCGAGCUGAAGACACAGCGCAGCAACAGCAACACCAACAGCGACAACAACAGUGGGAGCAAUCUAGUGAAAACUUUGGCCAUCCAUAGACGCGACAACUCAAAUGCGGAGAAGGAAAAGGAAAGAAAACUGCACUAUUUCCCGCCACAAACGAUGGCUCUUGCACCUGCUAUCCCACAAGAGUCCAACGAUGCCAACUCAGACUAUUUGGCCUACUACGAUGGAACUUUGUGCGCGGGAUCGCUGGAGACGCUCAUUAAGCACAUGGUGCCCACACAUGAAUAUUAUCCAGAUCAUAACUAUUUGUUCGCUUUUCUGUUGAGCUCUCGCCUUUUCAUACGGCCACAUGAAUUGCUCGCCCAUAUCUCACAAACUUGGGAGCUGCAGCAGCAGCAACAUCAGCAAAAUGCUGGCGAUGUAGUCGACGACGCUGGUCACGGACACGGCCAUUAUGCUGUACAAUCACUGGCGCUUGGGCAGCACAUCAUCAGCAACUCUGCAUCUCCAUUAACGCAACGCAAGGCUACAACGACAGUCACAGCAACAGCAACGAACUCGACAGCAACUGCUGUGGAACUGGAACCCAAGCCGCAGCAACGUACAGCCACUCAACGUUCGGCACAGAAUUGUAUACGUCUGCUAUCUGAAUGGAUUGAGAUAUUUCCUUAUGAUUUCCGGGAUGAACGAUUGAUGCAGCAGGUGCGAAUAUUGGCGCGCAAGUGCGUCUAUAUUGACAACUCAUUGGGGAAGCAGGUAUCACGGAUAUUGCAAUUGUUGGUAGGGCGUCUCACAACCCUAGAGCAGUACGAGGAGUUUCUGCAGACGCUAAACGCUGAGGCAAACGCCAACGAUCAGUUACCUGCAACUAACAACUCCCAGCAGCAGCUUUAUCAACAGCAACAUCUUCAUCACCAUCAUCAUCAUCAGCUCCAUUUGCACAAUCCCUUUCAAACAUUUUUAGGUAGCUCACAUGCCAAUGGCGGGAACUCUUCAGUCGCCAGUGGUGGCAUAUCAGCUUCCACAGGCACAGCAGCGAGUGGCAACAGCAAUGCAAACUCUAGUGGCAACAAUUCACCUUUGACUACACCACAGCCUUGUGAUGUCUUUGGAAUUAUGGAUAUUUGCGCUAGCUGUGCGCAUUUGGCUCACCAAUUGACGGCCAUUGAGUUGGAGCGUUUAUCGCACAUCGGGCCGGAGGAGUUUGUGCAGGCAUUUGCAAAGGAUUAUCAGCAAGUUAAGUCGGUGACAGCCGAUGCUGGUGGUAGUGGGAGCGCCAGUUCGUUGAACGAUUUGAAGAAAACGCGCAAUUUGGAAUCAUAUGUGCAAUGGUUCAAUCGUUUAAGCUAUUUGACAGCCAGCGAAAUUGUCAAGUAUCCGAAGAAGAAGCAACGUGUACGCAUUAUUGAAUAUUGGAUUGAGACAGCUCGCGAAUGCUUCAACAUUGGCAAUUUCAAUAGUCUGAUGGCCAUAAUAGCAGGUCUAAAUUUGGCACCAAUAGGCAGACUAAAAAAGACGUGGUCAAAGGUGCAAUCAGCAAAAUUCUCAGUGCUGGAACAUCAAAUGGAUCCAACAUCGAAUUUCAAUAGUUAUCGGUCGACGCUUAAAGCUGCCAUGUGGCGCUCAGAGGGCGCCACAGAAGAACGCGAACGUAUAAUCAUUCCAUUUUUUAGUUUAUUUGUUAAGGACUUGUAUUUUUUAAAUGAAGGCUGCUCGAAUCGCUUGCCCAACAAUCAUAUCAACUUUGAGAAAUGCUCACAACUCGCCAAACAAGUAAUGGAGUUCAACGAAUGGAAAAAAGUCACUUGCCCUUUUGAGAAAUUGCCGAAUGUUAUUGCCUACUUGCAACACAAUGCGGUGCUCAACGAAAAUACAUUGUCAAUAGCCUCAUUUGAGUGUGAACCGCCGGAGAACACCGAGGAGAAGGAUCGCUAUAAAACUGUGAAAGCCGAAACGAAGCAACAAUUGCUACAGCAAUUGCAGGAACAACAGCAGCAAUAGUUGAUUUUUAGCUAUUUAGUUGUUAGCUACAGCUGUAGAGAUUUUAUUUAAGUUAUGCUUAAGUGCUUGCCAUGUUUACUUUCGAUUUUUUAUACAUAAAUAUUUUGUAUUCUAA